AUGUGCCCUCGCACCCCGCACUCUGGGUGCCCCACCAGUGCACAGCAGAGGGGAAGCAGCAGCUCCCUCGAUCUGCUGGCAACACCACAUCACGUGCAGAUUGGGAUAUUGGAGGUGCCUUUGCCACAAGGACAAUUGGGAGGAACCUCUCCAUGCCAGGGAUUGAUUGGGAAAAAGAUUCAUCCUAGCGGGAAGCUCCUCGUGCUUACAGACGGACUCGGAAAGCACACGACUGUGGAGCUGAGCGAGCCUCUGGAUGAGGAGAUUUCAGGAGUUAUUGAAGUGGUAGGAAGAGUAACAAAUCAGGCAACCAUCAUGUGUGUAUCAUACGUCCAGUUCAGAGAAGAUAAAAGUUCAUUUGAUCUGGAACUCUACAAUGAAGCACUAAAAAUUAUUCAUGAAUUCCCAGAAUACUUCCCAUUUGGUACUGGCAGGAACACUUGAUUUUUAUUAGCAUAUAUUUAAGGCUUCAGAGCAGACAACAGUGGUUUCUUGUCUGGCAGCAUAGUAACAGUUGCAUUUAUUUUCAACAAAUAUACUGAAAAGACACUGUUACAUGUGCUAAGUAUUGCCUAUGGAGAGUAUAUUCUUCAAAAAUGUAUUUAUUCAGCAAGGAAAACAAAUGAGAAUGUCUCACUGUAUAUAUUUAACCCUUUCACAUCUAUGAGGAGUGUUUUCUUGCAAAAUCAGACUUGUCAGAAACUCAAAUUCUGAGU